AUGCGAGGUAGAUUCCUAACGCGACAACUGCUGGGCAAAUUCUGGCUGCCUGUGUUACUGCUGGCAUGCUCUGGGUUGAUGUCUGCUCUGGCAACAAGCCUCUCUGAAGAAUGCAGGAGCCAGGGCAACACUGUCCAGUGGAGGACCAGCACUAAGAGUAGGAACAGUAUUACUAGUACUGCCAGCAGUGCCCCACAACAGCAGCGAAGCUUGCAGCAAAAGAAAAGUGGCGUAUAUAGUUGCCACCGUCAAUCGUUGGACAGUGCUAAAAGACAGGCUUUGGGUUUUUUGCGAGAUCACGUCAUGGAGUUUGAUAAGGCCAAGUUGAAUACGCUGGGAUUUGGAGCCCGCAAUGGCACUGAUGAUGACCCUGAUGGCUUGGACAAGGGACUUGUUGGAACGACAAUUGAUCUCGCCUUUCAAGCCAAGCUGAAGCAUCCCUGGACAGACGCGCUCCCACAGGAGAUUUUUUACGAAUAUGUCUUGAACUAUGCCAACUUGAAUGAGGCUAGAUCCAAUUGGAGACAAUUGCUGUGGGAUAUUCUGGACCCAUUGGUAGUACAUGAGCAACAACUGCAACUCACAGAAUCACAAUCUACUACUGCCAGUGACACAUUGACGCUCAACGAUGUUGUCCGACUGGUCAACCAAAAAUUGUGGAGUGCCUUUCCCGGAGACAACACCAUCUACUUUCGAUCGGGACAAACUCCACUGAUAUUUGAUCCUCUUUCUGUCAUUGCGUUUGGAUAUGCUAGUUGUACUGGAUUGGCCAUACUCCUGGUCAAUGCCUUGAGGACUGUGGGCGUUGCAGCUCGUGUUGUAGGCACUCCCGCAUGGAACGGAAAACGAGACAAGGGAAAUCACAACUGGGUGGAAGUCUACCAUGAGGGAGAAUGGACAUUUCUCGAGCCAUCCGCCAAUCAAACACAUGUCAAUGAUCUUGAAACCCAACCUUGCAGUUUCUGGUUUUGCAACCCAGGUCACUUUCCAAGCGCUGGCGACAACACGACAAACGUGUACGCGGCUCGUUUGGUGUUUUCAUCCAAGGAUAGCUACUGUCCCAUGGCGUGGGAAUGGGACUGCCGUGACGUACCAGGUGAAGACCGAACAGAGUUCUACCAACGCUCGUGCUCUCAAUGCUAA